AUGACCUACAAACUCGCGAUCGCAUCUCACUCGCUUGGACGAGCCAGCGUCCACGAUCUUGCCAACAAACUUGACCAGGCCGUUCAAUAUGGAUACGAAGGUGUUGAGAUAUUCUUUGAAGACCUUGAAAUGAUCGCAAAAUCUUACCCUGGAGGUUUUACUCCCGAUAAUCAGUUGCGGGCCGCGUCAUACAUCAAAGAAUUGUGCGAAAAGAGGAGCUUAACUGUUAUCGCUUUGCAACCUUUCUUGUUCUACGAAGGUCUCAUGGAUGAGGAGCAGCAUCGGCUCAAGAUUGAAAAGCUACACAUCUGGUUCCAACUUGUCAAGAUUUUAGGCACAGACAUCAUCCAGAUCCCGUCUAACUUCUCAUUUGACGAGCCUUUCUCUGGUGAUAAAGCAAAAAUUGUCCAAGAUUUGAUGGAAGUCGCAGACCUUGGCCUAAAGGAAACUCCAGUCGUCAGAUUCGCCUAUGAAGGAAUGGCUUGGUCGCCCUACGUAUCCUCCUGGGAGGAUGUUUGGGAGAUAGUUGAGCUUGUGAAUAGGCCUAACUUUGGCUGCGUGUUGGAUACGUUCCACAUUGCUGCUAAAGUGUGGGCAGAUCCAAGUUCACCGAAAGGGAAGAGAGUCAACGCAGAGGAAGAAUUGGCCGCGUCUUUGGCCCAGAUGGAGAAGAAGAUCGAUGUAUCCAAAGUCUACUACAUACAGGUCGCAGACGCGGAGUUCAUGGACCCCCCGAUCGGUGAUUCCCAUCCUUGGGUUGUGGCGCCCAACCACCCUCCACGCAUGACAUGGUCGAGAAACGGUCGACUCUUUGCGUUUGAAGAAGGAGGCUACCUCCCUGUACUUGAAAUUUCCAAGUCAUUGGUACAUGGUCUCGGUUACAAGGGCUGGAUUAGCUUGGAGUUGUUCUCAAGGUCAAUAGCUGAAGUUGGGAGGGAAGUGCCAGAGAAGCAUGCAAAGAGAGGAAGAGAUUCUUGGAACAAGCUAGCAAAGUCAUUGGAGCUGAAUCAAUAA